CUUGCAGAGGAAGCUCCGCAGGAUUCCAGUGCAGCUGCUCGGCGGGUUCUCAGGCGACAGAGGUGCACGCGCUGCGGAUUACAAUGAUUGCCACAACUCAGCAAAACAUGUCCACGGAGCUGGACCUGGGGAGUUCAGACGGUCCUCCCCGGAACUGGAAGGGCAUUGGAAUCGCCAUGGUGGUGAUCCUGGCUGUCAUGUCUCUGGUCAUUCUCUCCGUCAUCCUCCUCACUCCUGACGAAUCUCACCUGUUGCUCCGCUCCCAUCUCACCAUGGAGGACCUGGAGAGCGAGGACUUCAAGGUGCACGACCCCCGUGUAGCCUGGUUGAGCGAUAACGAAGUGGCUGUCCGCACCCGGGAGGGACACGUCCUGUCGUUCAGCCUCAACAGCAACCUCACCUCCACGCUGCUGGACAACAGCUCCCUGGAUCUGUCCACGACUAAAUUCCAAGUGUCCGCAGACAAGAGGUUUGUCCUCCUGGCGUACAACAUUCAACCAGUGUUCUCUCAGUCCUUCACAGCCAACUAUGCUAUCUACAAUGUGGCUAAUGGGGAUCUGCUGGAGCUGAAGCCCGCGGAGAGGGAGAAGCCAGCGCUGCAGUUCGCUUCCUGGGGACAUCAGGGCAACCAGCUGGCCUACGUGCUGGACGGAGAUAUCUACUACAAACCGAGCGUGGCCGGCAAACCGCUGCGCCUCACGACCACGGACCAGGGGCAGAAUGUGGUGAAUGGGAUCUCGGACUGGACCUAUGAGGAGGAGGUGCUCUUAACCUAUGUGGCUCACUGGUGGUCUGUGGACGGCGCCCGGCUGGCUUACCUCAGCAUCAACAACUCUGCCACCCCUGUGAUGGAAAUACCUCAGUUCCUAGGAGGUCUCUACCCGUCCAACGUGCUCUUCCCCUACCCGAAGGCUGGAUCCAGUAUCCCAUCAGUCAGUCUGUUUGUGGUGAAUCUUUAUGGUCCUGCUCACACUCUGGAGAUGAUCCCCCCCGACUCCCUCAGGGCCAGAGAAAGCUACAUCUCUAUGGUGACUUGGAUCAGCACCACCCGGCUCGCCGUGCGCUGGCUGAACCGCGCCCAGAACCAGUCGGUGCUGUGCGUGUGCGAGGCCACCACAGGGGCGUGCUCGGAGAAACACAAGAUGGUCAUGGACAUCAUGCAGAAUCAACGACAGGAGGUGCCAUUGUUCUCAGCUGACGGCUCCAUGUUCUAUACCAUCCUGCCGGCCAAGCAAGGCGCUCGUGGAGAGUUCCACCACAUCGCCGGUCUUUCUGCACAGCCUGCCAUCCCGUCGGUCCCCCCUCGCUUCUUGACAUCAGGGAGCUGGGAUGUCACCCGGCUCUGCGCCCUGGACGAGAAGGCUGGGAAAAUCUAUUUUCUGAGCACAGAGGAGUCAAGACAGAGCCGACACCUUUACAGCGUGGACCUGGAUGGAGUUUUCCAGCGCCAGUGCAUCACCUGUGACCUCAUAGACGGAUGCAGCUUCUUUAAGUCUGAGUUCAGCCCCAAUCAGACCCACUUCACCCUCUACUGCUUAGGCCCUGGAGUCCCUAAAGUGACAGUUCACAGUACAAAGGACCCCUCCAGAUACGUGGUCCUGGAGGAUAACAGCCCUCUGUCUAGAGCGCUGGAGGACAAGAGGCUCCCUGAGACCCUGUUCAGGACUCUCCCGGCAGAAAACCACGAUCUGCACCUGAAGCUCUCUCUGCCUCAGGGUUACGAGGCCAACCUGCACCCCCUCCUCCUCAUUGUAGAUGGCGUUCCCGGCAGCCAGUCGGUGACGGAGGAAUUUUCCCUCGACUGGGCCCAAGUCCUCUCCAGCUCGCAGAGUGUGGCCUUGGCCUGGGUGGAGGGCCGGAGCGGGGUCGGCCGCGGACAGAAGACUGCCGCUCUGGACACGCGCAAGCUCGGCUCACUGAGAGUCAAAGAUUACCUGGGAGUUGUCGAGUUGCUGAUGCAGCUGCCGUACAUUGAUGAUCGCCGGAUGGCCCUCUAUGGCAAGGCGUUCGGUGGUUAUUUAACUCUCAAGAUGUUGGCGGCAACAGAUAAACUCUUUCAGUGCUCGGCCGCCGUGGCACCGAUAACCGACUUCAGGCUUUACAGUGCUGCAUUCUCAGAGAGAUAUCUCGGCCUUCCAGCGAAGGAGGAGCACGCUUACUCGACUGCCUCUUUGCUGGAGGAGGUGAACAAGCUGAAAGAUGAGAAUUUCCUUAUUCUACAUGGAACUGCAGAUGCGAGGGUGCACUUCCAGCACAGCGCCGAGCUCCUGAGCCGACUGGUGAGGGUGGAAGCCAACUACUCACUGCAGCUGUACCCAGACGAGGGUCACGUCCUGAGGGAACCCCGCAGCGUCCAUCACUUCCAGAGGACAGUGGUCAAUUACCUCCAAAGCUGCCUGAAGCAGAGCGUUCUCCUCGAGCCCGUAGAGGAGGAAGAGGAGGACGAGGACUGAGCCGAGAGUUUGAAGGACUCUCUUAGGACUGAAAGACGUUUUAUGCAUUACCUUGGGUCGGAUUACCAGGAACAAGAGCACAGGAGUGGGGACCAAACACAUGAGAUCAGCGCCAACAACUUCUGGAAAAAUUGAUGUACUGUAUAUCAUGUUGCACAUAAUUAUUUCUGUUACACUGAAUGAUUGAGAGACGGUUUGUUUACAAGAUGUACUUGAGGAGGAUGUGGACUAGAAGACUACAGAUUCCAACAAAACGUUUACAAAGACUUGAAAACAUGCAUGUCUUAAUGGCUGCAUGAUGUGGAUUAGUUUACACUGCAUUUUAUGUGUUUUGCAGAGGAUUGAAUUACGCCUGUCAGGGUUGAACGUACAAAUUCUGCCAAGAGCCGGGAACACUUGAGAAGACUUGAAAAUCCUUAGCGAGGCAAUGAGAAGACGCAACCUUACACAACCUUCAACCUCCUAUAGAUUCCUGAGUAAACCAGAUCACACGACACGAUCACGUUCAAAUUUAUGCAGAUUCCAUUCACGGGAAAGUCAAAAAAGUGAUAGGACUCUGAUACAGGAGAUAUGAUUCCUUGACUCAAAGAUUAACUUCAGGCCGUACGGUCUUUGGUCUGCUUAGACUCUCAAGAUGUCACUGCAAAAUCUAAGGAUAUUUGGGUCUUCUGUACAGUGAAUUCCUGGUUUAAAUAAAGUUAGAUGAAUCAUUUGUAUCAUUCUGAAUGUGCCAAAUACAGUUUGUGGACUUUAUCCAUGCAUUAUGUGAUUAAGAAUGAGUAUACGGCUGAAGCUAUUUACACCACGAGCUCUAAAUUCAAGAAAUAUUGUUAGAACGUCUGUACAGGUCAGUAAGGCAGGUCUCUGUUUGUCUAUGUCUUGGCAUUUGAAUCAUUUGUUGUAUAUUGCAGAGUUUUGUGGUGUCAUUGGACAAACUGUUGAGCCAUCAUGUUCCAAAUACACUGAGCUUGUGGGCUCGACCAUGAAGCGAUCAACCAAACCAUUACGGUAAACUGCAUGCAGUUGGUUUGAAAAUGAAUGCCCGACUCGAAAACAACCAGCUUUCCUUACUCCUUUUAUUCCCCUUGACAAUAAAGUUUGAACUUCUUGUUUUACAGCAAAUUA